ACCCACAAGGUAGAAGGAGAGAACCAUCUCAGACAUCCACACGUGCAUUAUGGUACACCUGUACCCACAGAAAGAGUGUGUACAUGUAUUCACACACAAGAUAGAAGGAGAGAACCAUCUCAGACAUCUACAUGUGCAUUAUGGUACACCUGUACCCACAGAAAGAGUAUGUACAUGUAUUCACACACAAAACAAACAUGUUUAAAAGGAAGCUGAAAAAGAAAAUUCAUUCCUGGUGGGGUGGUACACGCCUUUAAUCCCAGUACUUGGGAGGCAGAGGCAGGAGGAUCUCUGAGUUUGAGGCCAGCUUGGUCUACAGUGUGAGUUCCAGGACAGCCAGGAAUACACAGAGAAACCCUGUCUCCAAAAAACAAAAACAAAACAAAAAUUCAUUUUGAGAAGGGUCAUUGAUGGUAGAGAAUCUGGAUGUAUUCCCUCCUUGAUUUGCUUUUGCUUUUUUAGUACAGGGUUCCAUGUAGCCCAGGCUAGCUUCAAACCCACAACAUAGUCAAAGAUAACUUCUGCCUGAUCCUCUUGUCUCCACAUCCCAAGUUCUGGUUGGGAGAAAAACAUUUGUCUGGGGUGUUAGAACUCAGUGUUUGAUGUUAAGGAAGGGACUAGUAAAGAUGUGGGUACCAAUUACUCUUAAGGACUUAGGCAGGGAAUGAGAGUCUGAGAAGGCAACCCUUUUAUGCCUAGAUUAAGGAAAGGGAGCUGAUGAAGAAGAGAGGAGCCCAAGGAACACCUCAGGAUUCAGGGGAAGAUACUAAAAUAAAAUGUAUCAGGAAAGUUUACAUAGAGAUUUUCUGUAACAUGUUUGCCUUUUUCUCAUGUCUUGACAGCUUUAUAUAAAUAGCAUGUCAUUUUACUUACAUGUAUCUUUAAAACAUCAUUCUAUAGAGUGUCCCUAGUUGUAACAGAAACUGUUGAUGCAGGUGUGUUUUGAGAAGGAAUUGUGGAGAGUUUAAUUCAUGCAUGGGAACAUUUACUUCUGCAACCAAAGGGUGGGCACUAAGGACAUUGCUGGUGUCCAUUUACCAGCAAAUGUGAAGUUUCAGAGCCCAGCCUACUCUGCUGUGGAUAGUGGAGAAGCAGCUGAACCGUACACAACGGAGAAGAUGAGUAGGGUCCCUGGAGGGUAUUUGCCUCUGACAGAGUGCUUUGAAAUUAUGAAAGUGGAUUUCAACAGUCUUCAGGAAUUAAAGGGUCUUUGCAGCUAAAGAGCCGCAUCCUCUCAGCAUUCCUGCUGUUAAAGAAGGCCUGCUGGAUGCUGUUAUGGUUUGGUUUGUUCUCCAGCUGGAUGAUGAACACAGUCUGUCCACAAGUCCUGCUGAGGAGACCUGUUGGGAACAGGCUGUUUACCCAGUACAGGCCCUUGCAGGUAAGUAUCAUCUCAUUUAAAAAAUUUGGGGGGCUGGAGAGAUGGCUCAGUGGUUAAGAGCACUGGCUGUUCUUCCAGAGGACCCGAGUUCAAUUCCCGGCACCCACCCACAUGGCAGCUCAGAACCGUCCAUACCCAUAGUCCCAUGGGAUCUGAAAGCCUCUUUUGAUGUGUAGACAUAUAUGCAGACAAAACAUCCAUAUACAUUUUAAAAAAUGAAUAAAUCUUAAAAUUUUUUUAAACCAAACUCCCCACCAAAAACCAAUCAAACAAAAUUUGUUGCUUUAAUAUAAGUAAUUGAAUCACUGACCAAAAAGAAGAAAAGAAUCCUUUGGAGAUGAAGUUUUCAGCAAAAGAAUAUUACUUAAAUAUUUCAGAAUUAUAAAUAUCUUUGCUCAAAAGUAAAUAUAAGGCCGGG